GUAUCAAACUUUAACAUUUUUGCUGCCACGCUGACGCAAGUGAAGAGAUUCCGCAUUACGUCAUCGCGGAGGCCACAUAUUGGAGGCAGAAGCUGCCUUGUUCCGAUCAGCCAGUGUGCGCUGCCUGAAAAACAUUUUCUUCCACAACACAAGCUUUUUUUUCGGAGGUGCCGGAGAGCGGCUCGGGCACGGCCGCUUACGUGCAGCGAUGCAGCAGCCUACACCAAAGAAACCGUGAUCGCGCCCCGGGACACGACGACGAAUUCGCGGAUGGAAAAACAGUGAUGUUGCAUGGCAUGCCUCGAAAUAAAUUCUGAAUGAUUGAAGACUGCGGGCAGAGCGUUGACACCAUGGCAGAUAGAAGGCAACUGUUGGUGGAGAUGAGGGCUCAGGAUUUGGAUUCUAUACGACUGUCGACGUACAGAACUGCCUGCAAACUCAGAUUUGUGCAGAAGAAAUGCAACUUGCAUUUGGUCGACAUUUGGAACGUCAUCGAGGCUUUCCGGGAGAACGGCCUCAACGCCAUGGACCUCAACGCUGAGCUCUCCGUGGCUCGUCUAGAAGUGGUACUGUCCACUAUCUUCUACCAGCUGAACAAGCGCAUGCCCACCACGCACCAGAUAAACGUGGAACAGUCCAUCAGCCUGCUGCUUAACUUCCUGCUGGCAGCCUAUGACCCGGAAGGCCACGGCAAGACAUCUAUCUUUGUUGUGAAAAUGGCCCUCGCAACCAUCUGUGGUGGGAAAAUUCUGGAUAAAUUAAGAUAUAUUUUUUCACUCAUAUCAGAUUCUGCUGGAAUAAUGGUGCACUCGCAGUUUGACCAGUUUCUGAGGGAGGUUCUUAAAUUGCCCAUGGCGGUUUUCGAGGGACCCUCGUUUGGUUACACCGAGCAAGCUGCGAGAACGUGCUUUGCGCAGCAGAAAAAGGUCUCCCUCAACACAUUCCUCGAUACGUUGAUGUCAGACCCGCCCCCUCAGUGUCUGGUGUGGCUGCCGCUCAUGCAUCGCCUCGCCAACGUGGAGAACGUGUUUCACCCGGUCGAGUGCUCCUACUGCCAUACUGAGAGUAUGAUGGGCUUCCGCUACCGCUGCCAGCAAUGUCAUAAUUACCAGCUCUGUCAGGACUGCUUCUGGAGGGGGCAUGCCAGCGGUUCCCAUAGCAACCAGCACCAAAUGAAGGAGUAUACGUCAUGGAAAUCCCCCGCUAAGAAGUUAUCCCACGCCCUCAGUAAGUCAUUGAGCUGUGCAUCCAGCAGAGAGCCUCUUCACCCCUUGUUUCCUGAAAUGCCAGAUAAACCUCUCAACCUAGCUCAUAUUGUAGAUACGUGGCCACCAAGACCGGUGAACAUCACCAAUGACUACUCAUUCUCCCACUCCAUGCCUACAUCAGGGAACCCUUACUCCACCAAAAACAAGAAUAAUGUUGUUGGGCAGAGAAAGCCCCUGACUGGGGCUGCUCCACAUCUGCUGAAAGGGAGAGGGUUGAACUACAACCUCGAUGUUGCCGAUAGACUUGCUGACGAACAUGUACUCAUUGGCCUCUAUGUGAACCUACUCCAAAACAACCCCAAAACAUGUUUGCUGGAGAGCAGUAACCAUCAAGAUGACGAGCACAGUCUCAUUGCUCGCUAUGCUGCUAGACUGGCUGCUGAUGCUGCGGCUCAACAGCAGAGGGUCCCCACAGACCUCCCCUGCUCUCUGGAUGCCAACAAACAGCAGAGACAGCUCAUUGCCGAGCUCGAGAGCAAAAACAGAGAAAUCCUCCAGGAAAUCCAGCGACUGCGCCUUCAGCAUGAGGAAGCUUCCCAGCCGCCACCAGACAGGGGCCAGCAAAACCCCACCCUGCUCGCUGAGCUACGACUCCUCAGGCAACGCAAAGAUGAGCUUGAACAAAGAAUGUCUACUCUGCAGGAGAGUCGCAGGGAACUCAUGGUGCAGCUGGAGCAACUAAUGAUGCUUCUCAAGACUCAGGGUCCCGGCUCGCCGCGCUCUUCACCCAGCCACACCAUCAACCGGCCAAUUCCCACACCAAUCCACUCGGAUUCUGCCAGCACGACCCCGACUCACACACCUCAGGACUCCCUUAUGGGCGUGGGCGGGGACGUUCAGGAGGCCUUCGCUCAGGGUCCAAGGAGAAAUCUGAGAAAUGACCUGCUCAUUGCUGCUGACUCCAUCACUAAUACAAUGUCAUCACUGGUUAAGGAGCUCAAUUCAGAGGGCGGAAGUGAAACGGAGAGCACUGUAGAUUCGGAUUUUGGACGUGAACUACUGGCCACAAACUCCUCAGAUCCUUUCUACGCUUACAAACCAAGGCCUGCGAGCGCUGCCGAUGAGGAGUGCUUUGAGAAGGAUCUGGAGCGGCAGCUGGAGGAUGAGCUCCAGUUGGAUGAACUGAAAAAGCACAGGCAGGAAGCGGACAAAACGUGCAUGGCGAGCAAUAUGAAAAGCAAAAACAGCUGAAGACACUGGACGAGACAACGUUGGGCCGACAGUAUAGAGCACUGAGGACAUGAAUUUAAGUUACGCUAAAUCCAACCAUAAAAUACAUUUAUGUAAAGAUAUAUAUUUUUAACCAAGCACAUAUUUAAGGUAAUACUGUGAGCUUAUGUAAAGAGAUUAAUUCCUGAGCUGUCUCUUAUACCACAGGUGCCAUAAGGAACAAAACAAAAAAAGGAAAGAACACAAUUUUGGGAAAUUAUUUCUUAAUUUUUGUUUUGGUUUUUUUCUAUAUAUCAGUUGUUUAGCAAAUGUACAACUGCACUGUUAGGACAGGGUGGACACCGUGAUUCUUUGAAAUCAAAUUGUUGUCAUCUUCUUUAUAAUUUGUGAUAAUGAGCCUGGGAUUAUGUUGGCGCUGAUGAUGAUGAUGAUGAUGUAAAUGAUCAAAGCUGAAGUCUUUUGUAAGCGUGUUGCCCUGGCCGGGUUACCAUGAACAAAUGUUAGUAUAUUUCUUACAGCUGCUGUUGAGAUGCUUUGGCUUUUUCUUUUUCUUUUUUUUUUUUGAGCUGGCCAAUCAGAUGCAUUUCUUUUAUUUGAUACAUUAGUGUUAAUAAUAACUCACACUGCCUUAGCUGAUUGGAUGACCUCUCAAUGGAGUUUGUUCAACCUGUCAGUGCAGCAUGUAGCUUACAACAAAACCUGCAGCAAUGCUGGAAGUCUUCACUGGACAUGAUAAUACUGAUACUAGUAGGGUUUGUUUGUCUGCAGAGGGAACUGGUCUGCAAUCAUGUAUGCUGUCUAUUAAAUGUCAAUUAAAUAUAAGAUAUAGA